UUCUUCGGAUGCAUAUAGAGUGAACCAUAUAUUGAGGAGAUAUAUAUACACGAGGAGGAGCUGCAAGUGCCUGUACAGUUCUGAACAUUUCGAAGCACUUUGCUAGCAGGUCAACUUCAUCACCUCUUGUGAGCCAGUGUUGCCGGUUGCCAUGGGGGAUUCUGCCAUGGACUCCACUAUCCCCCCUCCUGAGAGCGCUGUCCCGGAGGGCACUCUCUUUAGCAUGACCGAUGUGUUCCUCUUCUCACUCAUCGUUGGCCUCCUUUCCUACUGGUUCCUCUUCCGCAAGAAAAAGGAAGAAAUCCCUGAAUUCACCAAAAUCCAGCCAACUGUAACAUCCUCGGUGAGGGAGAGCAGCUUUGUUGAGAAGAUGAAGAAAACGGGGCGGAACAUCGUGGUGUUUUAUGGUUCCCAGACUGGUACAGCAGAGGAGUUUGCCAACCGCCUGUCCAAAGAUGCCCAUCGUUACGGCAUGCGGGGCAUGUCAGCGGACCCGGAGGAGUAUGAUUUGUCUGAUCUGAGCCGCCUCUCUGAGAUUGACAAUUCCUUGGCCGUGUUCUGCAUGGCUACGUACGGAGAGGGUGAUCCCACGGACAAUGCCCAGGAUUUCUAUGACUGGCUGCAGGAGACUGAUACUGACCUGACUGGUCUCAAAUUUGCAGUGUUCGGGUUGGGCAACAAAACUUACGAGCACUUCAACGCGAUGGGGAAAUACGUGGACAAGAGGCUGGAGCAGCUCGGAGCCCAGCGGAUGUUUGAGCUCGGCACGGGAGAUGACGACGGGAACCUGGAAGAGGACUUCAUCACUUGGCGGGAGCAGUUCUGGCCGGCAGUGUGCGAGCACUUUGGCGUGGAAGCUACCGGAGAGGAGUCCAGCAUCCGUCAGUAUGAGCUGGUGGUCCACACAGACAUCAAUAUGAACAAGGUCUACACUGGCGAGAUGGGCCGGCUGAAAAGCUACGAAAGCCAGAAACCCCCGUUUGAUUCAAAGAACCCUUUCCUGGCACCUGUUACCCUGAACCGAAAGCUGAACCAGGGAGGAGAGAGGCACCUCAUGCACUUGGAAUUGGACAUCUCUGGCUCCAAAAUCAGGUAUGAGUCCGGGGACCAUGUUGCUGUGUACCCAGCCAACGACACAUCACUAGUGAACCAGAUCGGCGAGAUUUUGGGUGCAGAUUUGGAUAUGAUCAUGUCCUUAAACAACCUGGAUGAGGAAUCCAAUAAGAAGCAUCCGUUCCCCUGCCCCACCACGUACCGAACAGCCCUGACCUAUUACCUGGACAUCACCAACCCGCCGCGCACCAACGUCCUAUACGAGCUGGCUCAGUACGCCACAGACCCCAACGAGCAGGAGCACCUCCGCAAGAUGGCGUCUUCCGCUGCCGAGGGGAAGACGCUGUACCUCAACUGGGUUUUGGAGGCCAGAAGGAACAUAUUAGCCAUCCUGCAGGAUGUAUCUUCUCUCCGACCUCCCAUCGACCACCUCUGUGAGCUGCUGCCUCGCCUGCAGGCCCGUUACUACUCGAUUGCCUCCUCUUCCAAGGUUCACCCUCACGCCAUCCACAUCUGCGCUGUGGUUGUGGAAUACGAGACCAAGACAGGCCGGCUGAACAAAGGAGUGGCCACUACCUGGCUGAAGAACAAGGUGCCCAAUGAAAACGGGCACAAGUUGACGGUGCCCAUGUACGUCAGGAAGUCACAGUUCCGGUUGCCUUUCAAACCCAGCACGCCCGUCAUCAUGAUCGGGCCCGGGACUGGGAUCGCCCCGUUCGUUGGCUUCGUUCAAGAACGGGCCUGGCUGAAGCAGCAAGGGAAGGACGUUGGCGAGACGGUGCUGUACUACGGCUGUCGCCAUGAGAACGAGGACUACCUGUACCGAGAGGAGCUCGCCCAGUUCCACAAGGAGGGAGCCCUCACCCAGCUCAACGUCGCCUUCUCCAGGGACCAAGCCCAGAAGGUCUACGUUCAGCACUUGCUGAAGAAGAACAAAGAGGGGGUCUGGAAGCUGAUCCACGAGGGGAACGCUCACAUCUACGUGUGCGGCGACGCUCGCAGCAUGGCGCGGGACGUGCAGAACACCUUCUACGAAAUCGUGGCCGAGUUCGGGAGCAUGACCCAGCCCCAGGCCGUGGACUACGUAAAGAAACUGAUGACCAAGGGCCGCUACUCCCUGGACGUCUGGAGCUAAGCCGGGCUCCCGGGCGGGGGAAAGAGGAAGGAUUCCCCGACGGCUGCUGGACCUGCCCCAGCCAGUGCAAGAACGUGCCACUGAAAUGAAACUAAUAAUCGCCCUCU